AUGCAAAAUAUUCCCACGGGCGCGGCGCACAAACGGCGGCACAGUCCGCGAACUAAACGAAGAGUGACGGCUAAACUGGACUCCAAUCACGAGUGCGAGUCUCACAGCGAGCCGAGUGUUAAUGAUCCACUCGGCUACAUCCGAUCGUCGGCGUUUUCUGGUCGUUACGCUAUUGUGACAAUUGCGGCCGCCACACGGCCUAAGUGCUCAAGUGCCUUUGCCUCCGCCGAUAGA